GAUGCCAGAGGAUUGGGAUAAGAGGGAAAAGAUUCCAGAUGCAGAUGCAAAGAAACCAGAUGAUUGGGAUGAGGAAGUACCCAUGGAGAUACCAGAUGAAGAAGCUAAGAAGCCUGAAGGGUGGUUGGAUGAUGAACCUGAGGAGAUUAAUGAUCCUGAAGCCACAAAACCUGAAGAUUGGGAUGAUGAAGAGGAUGGUGAGUGGGAAGCACCGAAAAUUGACAAUCCUAAGUGUCUUGAGAAUCCUGGUUGUGGGGUGUGGAGAAGACAAACAAAGCGGAACCCAGCAUACAAGGGAAAAUGGC